ACCCAGCUUUGCAGAGAUAAUAAAAGGCCCUUCCUUUCUGUGAGGAUUAGGCAUUUCAAAGGCUAUAGGAAAAGUUAUCUGGAUUUAUCCAGGUUUGAUUGCUCUUAUUCUUGACCACGUUUCCGAAAGGCAAUGAAGAACCCAACACCAGUCAGUUUGCUUCUGGUACUCAUUUCCUUCUCAGGGGUCCUGUCUGAAACCAACCUGCAGCAGAAGGUGCUUGUCUUCCCCGCAGAAUCGGACAGUGCCUCUGUGGUUCUGCAGGCCCCGCUCUUGGAGCCGCUGACCAGCUUCACCAUGUGCCUGAGAUACUACUCACUCCUGACCCGUGAAUACGGCCUCUUCUCUUACGCUACGAAGGAACAGUACAACCAAAUCCUGCUCUUGAAGCCCAGUCCAAACCAAUAUAGACUUUAUCUUGGGGAAGUUUAUGUGACCUUUAUCCUUCCGGAAAAAAAGGACUCUAAACCCGGUUGGGAGCACAUCUGUGUGAGCUGGGAGUCUGCCACGGGAUUAGUGGCGUUGUGGUUGGAUGGGGAGCCGUUGCCCCGGAUGGGGCUGCAGAAAAGCCAGUGUAUCCAUCCCGAGGCAUCUAUUGUACUCGGGCAAGAUCAAGACUCCUUCGGAGGUGGCUUUGAUGCCAGCCAAUCCUUUGUGGGAGAGAUGAAGGAUGUGUACAUGUGGAACAGGGUUCUGAAUGCCGAUGAAGUGGGUCUCGUCUCGAGUGACUACGUCCUUUCUGACUCUCUGAUUAACUGGAGAGCGUUGAAUUAUGAAAUCAAGGGUUAUGUUGUUCUUCAGCCUUGUCAAACGCCUUCCCCAUACGGAGUUCAAUCAUAAUCAUAUACAUGCCUUCUUAUUCACCGACAAUGUUCCAAUAAAGAAAAAUAGCACCUGAUUA